UCUACGUUCUAUACUACUUUGACCUCUUUUCUACGGCAUCAAAAGGUCACCAGACAGUCUAUCCCUCUCAUAUUGCGUCAUCUAUUCAUUUCCUCCACUUGGCACCAUUUGUAAAUUUCAACUGAAGGGAAAAUGCACUAAACCAUGGGAAAUCAACUGAGCACUGAAGCGAGAACUGAAUUUGACGGUGUACAAGGCGAUCAGGAUUUAUCACCGCCCCAUCCUUCUCAUCCGCCGUAUACUCCUCAGUCCCCUGAUAUUGUGUUCUCGAGCCAAGUGCCCCCAUCCGCUACUCGUGUGCCUCCUAGUCCGACUCAUCAACAAUAUAAUCAACCAGACAUCAAAAUGUCUAGCUCACCUCCCCCACAACAGCCGGCUGCCAUGUCACCGAAACAGGGCGCCAAAUUCGAAAUACCUGAAUCUCCCGAUUAUAGACAGCAGACUUCAACACCAGUCCCUGUACCAAGCAAGUCCAAAAAACGAAGACGUGGAAAUCGACCCAGCCUAAUAUCACAGCCCCGCUUGCUCGAAUCCGAUAAUGCCGUGGAUAAUGAAACAAGCGUGAAUGGUUCCUCUCCCGGUGCUGAGGAAGGUUCUGCUAGUGUACGCCGGAAGCGCAAGAGGAACGAAAGGCGCCGAAAGAAAGCCCUGCUGCAAGCAUCUCCUGAUUUAGGCAAUCUUGAAAUGCCUAAUGAUCCCAUUCAAUCUUUAGAGCCCGAUGAAGUCCAAGAGACUCAGCAAGAUCUCAUCGUUGGCUUGCAUACUACCAAUACUACUACUACGGAGUCUACACCACCAAGCGCCUCACUGACAAAGAAACGCAAGAUACUGGGCUCGGCUGGUAAGGACAGAAAGAGACAAAAGCGUGACAGCAAUGGAACCCUUGGGGUAAAUUCGGCAACUUCAUUCAGUGGUCUUGCUGAGAGUCUCUAUGCCGGCCGGAAAAAGAACAGAAAGGCACUGGAAGUCAUUGAGGAUGACUCUAUGGACACUGGCGCACCAAGAGUGUCGCCGGACAACCAUGGGCAAAAAUCUAUAUCACGCGAUUCUUCAGUCUCCGAUUUAAACACGAACAGUAACGAUCCAAACCUAGGAGAAGCCAUACACCCUAGUACAGAAUCCAAUGAGAUGGAGACAGGGUCACCUGAUAGUAGUUCGUCUGAUGCUGAUCUGUCGCCAGACAGGAUGCAACAGGAUAACCAGAAUCAUGUUGUUACUAAUCAAGACAGCAAUGAUGAAGAACCAGAAUCCGACAAGAGGAGUGAUGGCAGAGGAGAGCAAAGGAGCAUUGGCAAUGGAGAUUUAGUCCCCCAGACCAUGCCUAACGCUGAUAUCACCAAUGAUGAGUAUCCAUCAGACGUUGAAGAUAUCCAUAACAAUAGCAGUCUUGGUCUUCGGCCUAAGCAAAGCUCGGCACGAAAGCGUUUUGUUAAGCCGACAUUUUUCGAACGUGAGGCAGAGGGUAACGCCAAUAGUUCAGCCAACCAGGCUUCUUCCUCUUCCGCCACAGGAAAGAAACAACCCAAAAUCUCGGCUAUGCUCCAACUCCAAGGAAAUGGCGUCGAUACUCCCACGCUAAAGAAAACCCCAUCUAAACGUCGUGCGCCUCCGAAGGAGACACAACCUCAUGAAUUAGUUACUGGCCAAUUUAGCGACUUCGAGCUUCGCAACAUUACUCAGGCCGUUGAACGUUGGAGAGAUGACCACAACUUGACUCAAUCCGAAGUGAACGAUCUUAUCCAGGGCAACCCCCGUGAAGUCAAAUCCCAAGAAUUUUGGGCUCGCGUUGUGGCUACUUGCCCAAAUCGUCGUCGUCAGAAAGUGAUAAAUCAGUGCCGUCGAAAGUUCCACAACUUUGUUGCUCGUGGUGCAUGGACUCCGGAGCAGCACGAAGAAUUAAAGAAGAUGUGGGAAAUACAUGGAUCCAAGUAUGCCAUAAUUGGAAAACUCAUCAAUCGUCAUCCCGAAGACGUACGGGAUCGCAUACGAAAUUAUGUCGUGUGUGGCGAGAGUCGGCGUGUUGACCCAUGGACUUACGAAGAAGAAGAAAAACUUCGGUCAAUAAUAUCCGAUGCCGUUAAGGUAAUUCGGGAGCGUCGCCAAGAAGGACAUAUUUUAUCAAACGAAUCUGAUGAGGAUCUGAUUGACUGGCAAAGAGUUAGUGAGUUGAUGGAGCGAACACGCAGCCGACUCCAGUGUAUUCAGAAGUGGAAGCUUAUGCAGAAGCAAGUGCAAGAUGGUGUUGGUAGCAUAGAUGGUGGAGAGAAUCUUCCAAUCGCUCAGAUCAUUCAGAAUGCUCGGGAUGAGGCAGAAACAAUAUCAAGCCGAGACCGAUAUAACAUUGUCAAGGCUAUUCGAACCUUCGGUGUCAACGCAGACGGUCGUAUUCCGUGGGCGAAGGUUAGAAAGCAGUUAAGUGGUCGUUGGCGGCGUCCUACAAUCAUCUUAGUCUGGUACCGCUUGAAGCAUUCCGUCCCCGAUCAUAUUAUCAUGACUGUGCCUGAGAUUAUCAAACAGCUCAGUGUGAGGUAUCAUGAGACCAAGGAGCUCGACUUCCCAAGCGGCGAGGACUAUGAUCAAAAUGCGGAAUAUACUGAAAUCGAGCGCAAGGUCAACAAGAUCUUGAGUAAGACCCAGCGCGGACCAAGGACUCCAGCCACCGUUGUUAAGGCUGACGAUGACGACGACGAUGAUGAUGACGACGACAACGACGACGACAACGACGUUGACGGUGAUGACGAUAAGGAGAUCGCAGACUACAACAAGGAAAGUGGCGCAGAUGAGGACAGCCAGGAAGAAGAUUCAGAAAGCAAUGAGGAAGAUCAGCAGAUUGAGAAGAACGAGGAUAAGGCUGAGAACGAGAAGAGCAAAGGCAGCAUUCAAAGUAGAGACGAGAGUGACGACGAGAGCGCUUCUAGCGACCAAUCAGAGGACGAAGAGCUUUCAGAGCAACCUAGAACGGAACACGCCUCUGAUGACAGCAGUGACCUAGAAAACAAUGUGGAAGAAGACGAAAACUUGCAGCGCGAAUCUUCGGUUCAGUCUCCUAUCGCCAAUAUCAGGUCACGGAAAGCUUCCAAAAGCCAGAAGCGUUAUAGCUUAUCCAGCAAAGCCACGACUUCUCGAACUCCGAUUUCCGGCAAGCGCAAGAUUGCCACGAAAAUGGCCAAACCUAAUAAUAACGAGCAAGGCUUAGAUGUUGAAGAAGAACUAAGCAGCGAUACAAACGCAAGCGAAGUGGAGAGCAUUCCGGCACAUUAAUGUGUACCUAGUGUCGACUGUAGAUGUAUGCUACACCAUAUCAACCUUCCCCCUGUCAUGUCUUGCA